GAAGAAAUUGACAUUCCUUUUGAAGAGGAAAUAUUACGCAACCCUUUUACUUUAAAGUCUUGGUUGCGUUAUAUAGAUCACAAGUUGGAGAAGCCUUUAGCUCAGCAGAUCUGGAUCUACGAGCGUGCGCUGAAAGAACUACCGGGAUCAUACAAAAUAUGGAAAAGAUAUCUUGAUUUACGAAUGAAACACGUAGAUGGUUUAAAUCCCGUUAGAUAUGAAAAAGAAUACCAGAAAGUUAAUAACUGCUUUGAAAGAGCUCUUGUAUUGUUACACAAGAUGCCACGCAUAUGGUUAGAGUACUGUACAUUUCUCAUGAAACAAUGUAUUAUAACGAAAACUCGUCGUACUUUUGAUCGUGCUCUGAGAGCUCUUCCCAUAACCCAACAUCCGAGAAUCUGGGAACCAUAUCUAAAAUUCGCCAGAACAAUUGGUGGUGAAACUGCAAUUCGUCUGUAUCGAAGAUACUUGAAGUUGGAACCAAAUCAUGUAGAAGAGUACAUAGAUUUACUAUUGUCACUCGAGAGAUACGACGAGGCAGCGAAGAGACUUGCGCAGGUAGUUAAUGAUGAUAAUUUCCAAUCAUUGCACGGAAAAUCCAACUAUCAGUUAUGGAUGGAGCUGUGUGAUCUAGUAUGCAAACAUCCACACGAAAUCAAAAGCUUGAAAGUUGAACCAAUUAUAAGAAGUGGAAUUCGAAGAUUUACUGACCAAGUUGGGAGAUUGUGGAACUCAUUGGCAAGCUACUAUAUUAAAUUGGGACAUUUUGAAAAGGCACGAGACGUCUACGAAGAAGGAAUUAAGACAGUCAUGACAGUUAGAGACUUUUCUCAGAUAUUUGACGCCUAUGCAGAAUUCGAGGAAUCAGUUAUGUCAGCUAAAAUGGAAGAAGCCUCAGAAAGAGUAGCGUCGGGACGACAUGACCCGUUGGCAGAUCUCGAGAUAGAUUUACGCCUUGCUCGGUUUGAAGAAUUAAUGGAACGUAGACCAUUUCUCGUGAAUGAUGUUCUCUUAAGGCAAAACCCAAACAACGUGCACGAAUGGAUUAAGAGGGUGAACCUGUGGAAAGACAAUGUCGAAAAGGUUGUAGAAACUUAUACAAAAGCAAUCCAAACAAUAAAUCCUAAAAAAGCCGUUGGCAAAUUACAUGAAUUGUGGAUUGCAUUUGCCUCAUUCUAUGAAGAGGGAGGAAGUCUCGAUGAUGCUCGUACCAUAUUUGAAAAGGCAACAAAGGUGAAUUAUAAAAACGUUAACGACUUGGCGACGUUGUGGUGUGAAUAUGCCGAGAUGGAGCUACGCCACAAUAACUAUCGGCGGGCUUUGGAUAUCAUGGCACGUGCUACGACACCUCCGCGUAAUCCGAACGUUAAUUUCCGUGAUGAGACACUUCCCGUACAGCUCAGAGUAUUCAAGUCUCUUACGCUUUGGUCAUUUUAUGUUGAUUUGGAAGAGAGUGUUGGGACUGUAGAGACCACGAGAAUUGUUUACGAUAGAAUUCUCGAACUCAAAAUCGCCAACCCUCAAAUAAUCGUCAACUAUGCCAAUUUCUUGGAGGAGAACAAAUAUUACGAGGAGAGCUUUAAAGUAUACGAACGAGGCAUAGAGCUAUUUAACUACCCUAUAGCUUUUGAAAUAUGGAAUACUUAUUUGACAAAGUUUAUUAAGCGUUAUGGAGGAUCGAAAUUAGAACGAGCUAGGGACCUUUUUGAACAAGCACUCGAAAAAUGUCCGCCCAAAUUUGCCAAGCCGCUCUAUCUAAUGUAUGGUAAACUCGAAGAGGAUUAUGGAUUGGCUCGUCAUGCAAUGCGUAUAUACGACCGAGCAACAAGUGCUGUCUCGGACGAAGAUAGAUUCGAGAUGUUCAACUUGUAUAUAGCCAAAGCGAGUGCAAACUUUGGUGUCACUUACACUCGCGAGAUAUAUGAGCACGCGAUAGAGGUCUUACCUGAUCGAGAAGCGAAGGAAAUGGGGUUAAAGUACGCCGAGUUGGAGCGAAAGCUGGGAGAGAUCGAUCGUGCUCGCGCCUUGUAUGCGCAUGCAUCUCAGUUCUGCGACCCGAGAAUUGAUCCUAAUUUUUGGCAAACGUGGCAUGACUUUGAAGUUAAACAUGGGAAUGAAGAUACAUUCAAGGAAAUGCUUCGUAUUAAACGCAGUGUGCAAGCACAAUAUAAUACCGAGAUCAAUUUUGUUUCCGCUCAACUGACUGCCAAGCAACAAGCAGCACCUGCAAACCCAGACGAAAUUGCCAUGGAUGACGACGAUGACUU